AUGGCGGAAGUUGAUCCAUCAUACAUAGAUUAUGAGGCCUUCCUAGACCCUGACUUCUCUCCGUCCUCUUUUGCCAAUACAUUGGUUACAAGCACAAACAAUGCCACAGAUACCCCGUUGGAUUUAUCCACACCCUUAUCCCGGGUGCUCUUCGAUCUCCAGGAGAUUGACACCCAUAUUCACACACUGACGACCAAGUCAGCACUUCCACUGCUGUCACAUACCCAAAAUCAGACGGCUGCCGCUGAUCACAUCCUCAAAGAGUCCGGGACGCAGAUUGCCUCUGUGACUCAAGGAUACGAACGUCUCCAGAAGGAGGUGCUGCAGAAAUGGGAAGCGGCUGACGAAGCUCGCGUGGCCGCCGAGAACUCGCUGGCAACGGUUCGGCUAGCAAGGGCCGUCACCCGCUGCUUGACCCUAGGCAAGCAGCUGGAGAGUCAAGUUGCGGAGAUCACAGGCCGGGGCGCAACAGGGCCAGCCAUCUCAGCAGGGGCUGAGGGAGCAGCUUCGCCACCUGGUGGAAAGGAUAGUUUCCGGGCCUUGGAAAGGGCGGCCUAUACGAUCAUCAGUCUGCGAGAAAUGUUCUCCGCAUCAGCGCAGGGCGAGGAAGGUUAUGGCUUGGAGCGCGUGAAGGUCAUCCGCACGUUACGUGGAGAAUUUGUCAUUCCGGCUGAGAACAUGGUUAAAUCGAGAGCGCAGCAGACUAUCAAUCGCUUCUCUCUUUCCUCGAACCCAUCAAAUACUUCAAAUGGGCAGUCGUCUAUGCCAUCUGGUUACAAACAAGCACGCGAUGCACGAACGCGGUUGGCAACAGCUGCCACUACUCUAUAUCUGCUCUCACCUGAACCGAAAUCGCCGACUACCGUCGAUGACUACAAGCCCGAGCUUCUCUUAUCAACCCUGCAAGGGUAUAUGCAAACAGCGAUCAUGACAUCUGUGAACUCCCUCGCCAGAGCACUCUCCCAGCUCCCCACCAUGGACAGGACCCUCGCCGAUAUCUCGGCAAGAUGCCAAGACAUCGUUGCCCUUGAAAACAUUCUUCGAAACCUUCGUCCCCCACCGCAUCCCCUGUUAGCCUCAGGCGCCACAUCCGAGAUCCCAGCCGAACCCUCCACCGAACCCAAAGCAGUGGACUCAAGCAAGGGAAAUCUCCUACAACCUCUUCUCCAAGCAUUGGACACCUCGUCACUUCCCUCUUACUACUGGCGUUCCAUCGCAUCAUCAUCUCUCACAUCCCGAGUACAAGAGAUCGUCAGUCGAGGUGGAGUCUCAGCUCGCACCCUCCGAUCCAACCGCGAUCGCCUCAGAACCGAGAUCAAAGAGUGUGUGCUCCGAGCGUCCAAGGUCUCUGCUACAAGCCUUUUAGCCGAAAAGGGCCGGCCAGGAACGGACACGGUUGUUGUGGGCAACUGGGAGCGAGAAGCGGCUGUGAUGGUCAGUUCGGUUGUUGGGCCAUUAGGGCGGUAA